GCUAGAAAAAGUAGGUCUUGCAACUCCCCCAUCCGCCUGCCUGUUAGGCUCCACUAACACACAUCCUCAUUCGAAGAGUCUUUCCACAAGAACUCGACUAAGUGGUGCCGUCGAAGGAACGGCAGAGAAUUUUCGCUUCACUCGCUGGAUGCGAAGCGUGGAGAUUGCCAGUGAACUUGGCCCAUUUCUAUCUCAACUGCGGGGGACUACAGCUUUAUCAGCACACGGAAUAAAUUUCGAUUGAUACGCUAUCUCAUCAUGUGCAUGUUUGAAAGAAGCCGGGAGAUAUAGAUCCAGUUCAUGGCCACUAAGAUCAAAAACACCUGUUGUAGAACUUCCAGAUACAACAUUCCACAUGAAUCGGAUGCAUGAUGCAAUCUGUUCUUCCUUUGUUGCUCCUAAUCGUAAUAGCCCGGAAUGCCUCUUCCAGCUCCAUCAUCAGAAUUAAUAACACAGUCGUCCAAGAGAGAGCAGCGGUGGCCGAUGAGAAGCUUUCUCGUUUUCGUCCGUCUUCAGUCUUUCGAAAUUUUUUGAAGCCUCGAAAAGUUAAUUUAUUUUCCGGUUGCCCUGCCAAUACUCAGUGCUCCUUCAUCUUGUCUUGUUGGUGGACCAGAGACUCUGUCGGCACUUCAUGUGGACCAUUUUUCUUUUGUUGUGGUAGUCAAGACAGCAGAGAUGAUCAUCAUAUCAAUCAGUUAUAUUACGGACCAGUUCGGAAUGAUCCAAUGUGUGGCAGAAGUUCCACGUCAACAAGCCGAAUAGUAGGAGGCGAAGAUGCAGCUUUUGGACAGUUUCCUUGGCUGGCUUUCAUACAAGUUGGUGGUAGUCGAUGCGGAGGAGCAUUAGUUGCUUGGAGACAUGUUGUCACAGCUGGACACUGUGUAGCAAAGACUCAACAUAAUCCAGGAAAUAUCAAAGUUACUUUAGGAGACUAUAUCCUGAAUUCUGAUCUAGAAGGAAUACCAAGCGAAACCUUCGGGGUGGAUGAAGUGAAAGUACACCCUAAAUUCCGUUUCACUCCUCAGGCAGAUCGCUUCGAUGUGGCUGUGCUACUGCUUGACAGGCCAGUGGAGUACAAAUUUAACAUGAGACCCAUUUGCUUACCAGAGAAAGGAACAGACUUCUUAGGAAGUAUUGGAUAUGCAGCCGGUUGGGGUGCUUUAGAACCAGGUUCAAAAUUAAGGCCGAAAAUCCUUCAAUUCGUUCCUGUGCCUAUUAUAAAUAAUCAAAUGUGUGAAGGUUGGCACAGAAGGCGAGGAAUAAAUAUCGUCAUAUUCGAUGAAAUGGUGUGUGCCGGAUAUGAAUAUGGAGGCAGGGACUCGUGUCAGGGGGACUCAGGAGGACCUCUGAUGAUCAAUUACUUUGGUAUCUGGUAUCUGGUCGGUAUAGUAUCGGCAGGUUAUUCCUGUGCCAAACAAUUUCAGCCAGGCAUUUAUCACAGAGUAAGCAGUACAUCCGACUGGAUUUCAACAAAUCUCUAUUGAGCCAAAAAGUUCAAAGACACCAACAAUCACGCAUACAUUAUACAAACUCAAACAGUAUAGGAUGGAAUUUAUUGCAGGCAAUAAACGUACAACUGUUUUAGUUUGACCAUGUCAAAAAGCCACGAUAUUCAUUUGUAUUUGUCAUUACUUUAUUUUUCGGGUCAUUGCUUGUGAUUAAACAUAAACUUUGAAGGCAUUUUUUAAAAUAAAAUUAGAUCUUUAUAGAAUCUCGAGAAAAUUAUUCAUAUUAGCUUUGUACGAAAUAUCUGGAUUUUGCAGAUAUAUGAUAUGAAGAGCCAAAUUGGCUUAUUACCAUUAUGUAAAUGUCAUGCCACUGUUCUGCCAUUAAACAUACAU